UAAGGUUCUAUGCAAAGGUUAUAGCAUUACCGAGAAUAGCCGUAGUCACUGCCUCUCGCGUUUGUGAGUUUUGUAUCGUUUAUUCAUCGCUCAUGUGGAGACAGUAACGAUCGUACUAGUGCGCUGUUAUGUGAACGGACAUUGACAUUAUUAGUAAGAUGAGUUGUAAAAUGAUGUUUGUAUGUGAGAGAACUACCCUGAGCUAGCUGAAUCGCCAAUGUAGUUCCUGAAUUUCAUUUUAAAUGUAUUUUAUAUGCUAGUUUUUCUCAGCUGCCAAGAAUAUUAUCGCACAGUACAGAACAAAUUAUGCUCUUUCCCAUUUCAUUAGGGUCAAAGCUAUUUAAAGAUCCAAAUUCAAAAUCUUCAAACGCUACACGUAGGUGACGUUAAUACAGGUGGCGAGGGUCUUUUGCUUGGGAGGGGUAGUGGACAUUGUCCAGCGAGCUGCAUCUAUCCUUCGAAUAAAAAAUCAGUUUUUAAAGAAUGGGGUGGAUUUCAUCAGGGCGCAUCGUACGAUUUGCGUCGUUUGCAAUACCCGUCGGGGCAGUCUUUAUAGACUGUGUCGCAGAUCUGGCUCAAAUUGUAGGUCGCUCAAUGCAGCCCCUCUUCAACCCCGAACCAAGCGGAUGGCUCGAUGUUGUGUUACUUAACCGAACAGUCACCUUUGAUUACAAACAGAUCAAACGAGGUGACGUAAUCGCAUUUAUAUCACCAAAGGAUCCAUCCGAGAGGUUAAUUAAGAGAGUGAUCGCUCUGCAGGGUGACGCUGUUCUGCCUCGUAAGGGCACGAAUGUGGUACGCAUUCCACCAGGCCAUUGUUGGGUUGAGGGUGACAACCACAAAACCUCGCUGGACUCAAACACUUUCGGGCCUGUUGCUAUGGGUUUAAUGGUGGCAAAGGCUACACAUAUUGUUUGGCCUCCGCAACGAAUAGCUGCAAUUGAAAGUCGUCUUCCACCUGGAAGAGGUCCCGUUAGUAAACAUCUCUGUCUCCAGUGCUUCAGCGAAGAGGAGUCGAGAUUGCUUGGCGUCCAACACAACCCUGACGAUCAUGACACGUCGGAUAUUUUUGUAUAGGAAAAGAAUAGCAAUAUUAUUGACCAUAGUACAAUUUAUCAACCUAGAUUAAAUGAACUGAAAGCGCCAAACCUUAUAUAGGGAUAGCAGCGGUCUGAGAGCCAUGACCGAUUAUAUAUGGAGGCAUUGACCACCAAACAGCAUUGAUAGAUUUAGCCUGCACGUGUACUGUGAACAUUGAUUAGAGCCCUACUGCAUAGAACACUUUUCAAGCCUUACAGCAUAGAAUGACAUAACAAAGUAAGGUCACUCAAUAGCAUGGGCCAAUUCUUAGUGUAAGUAGCUGAAACGACACUAUUCGGCGCUAAGCCCAGCAAGUAACGAUGUGACUGUUUAAACUAUACUCGAUAAACAAAGAAACACGGGACUGUUUCCUGUCAGACGUUUUUACAAAGUUUACAGUUGCAAAAGGACGAUUGAGCACAAUACGCAAAGCAGCGGGGUUGAGAAUAGCGAACUGUCACCAGUCAUGAUGAACUAUUUACAGCAUAGAAAAACGCAAAGUCACUAAUCGAAUCAAGGCGAUUCUAUUUACCUUUACUUUGCCAGUGUUUACUUUGCCAUUUAGAAGUUGGUACUAGUAGUUAUAGUGGCCUUUCCGGUGACCUUCUCACCGGUGCAAGCCUACCUUCACCGAACUGCUGACAAAAAACUGUGUGGACUCCACUCCCCAGGUUAGUCUGGCGAGUAUAGACCAGAUUGUGCCUACCGAGUUUAUUAUCUAACUUUGAACUAAUAUAGAAUUUGCUUUUCACAUUUCAAAGGUCUAGAAAAUCAAAUUAUUUCGUAAUGAAGGACAUUUGCAUAAACCUCACGAAUAGGUAGAAUUGCAUCUGGUUCUGUUAAUCAAAUAAGAGUUUGUCUGUACGGGCCGACCAUCCCAAAAACUAAUAAUGCCUAAAGAAUAGGUAAUAAUUGGACUUAAAAAAGUUUUAUUCAUGUAACCUUUCCCGCGAGGACCUUACCAAAGAAGAAGAAAAAGAAAUUACCGAGAAUUUCUAAAAAUAUCUACGUUUUCUCAUUGCUUAGAUUCUUGGUUUUUCGAACGAUCUAAUAUUUACGUAGAAUAUUUAAAGCUAAUCUCAGUGUCUCUUUGAAAUAGCGGAAUGGUUGCGUAACGGAGUGGAUCUCUUUUGUGGAGAAAAGUGGUUGGGCUUUCUGUAAGGAAAACGAACUUAAAAAAUAAAUAUAAAAUGAAGAUAACAGCGAAUCAAUUCAAUAGGAAACAUACACGGUUUCGGAGCGAACCUAAGCCAUAAUAGCUACCUUACAGCCAAAUUGAUAUUAUGUUCCAACCUACCGGAUGGUGUAGAAGCAAUAUGAGAUACCCCGUUUGCGUUUGCAGUAUCGUAAAACACAUGAUAAGCGAUUAGUUCUCUACGUGGGGACUUUUCUAUGACACCACUGAAGCUAUUGCAAGACCCCAAGCCUGCCACUUACACUGCAUAAAGAUAAUCAUGUACGUUGAGAUUAGUAUUUCAGCUUUAUUGGAAGUUAUAUAUACACGUGAAAAAACGCUAGAACUUAUUUGUUAAAACUGUGCCGAUUUCAUUGUGCUCAUCUGAGCAGGUCUGAUGUGUGCCUAAAAUUCGAAGUUGAAUAGCGUAGCUUUUGGCUUUAACUAACAAAAGUAGAAUUUUGAGUUAGGUUCGGUAAUCAACCUAGCUUCCUAUUGAUAUGCGCUUUAUUUAAGAGCAACUAUACGGAAUCAUUUGAUGUUUUAAUUUGUUGAAAUUUGUUAGUCCCUUGUAUAACUAAAAUUGACUUUGUAGAUGAUCGGGCAGGAAUGAAGAAUAUCGCACAUAUUGCCGCAAGGAUUUUCCUUGAAGGACACAUAUGCGAAGGUGGGUUUUUAUCGAGAACCGCUGAUAAAACGCGAUGUUGCAGGAGUUCGACACAUAGGGGCAACAUAAUCGCAUUAGAUUUUAAUUAAUAAUUCAUAAUUGUGAUAAUAUUCAUUACAUACAUUUCAUACUAUCAAUUUAUUGCUUUUCACCGUUGAAGCGUAAAUAUCAUUGCAAUUUCCAUUUGAAAUAUCAUAUUCAAGUUGGCGUUUUAUCGCUGGCGGCAAGCAAAAAACCAUUAGCGAUUAAAUCGGAGCUAUGCAGGUUGAGCCCUAUCAAUACAUUUAUCAGAUGUGUUGAGCAAUUCUUGUUGGUGUUUACAUUCAUUGCUUGAAUUUGGCGUUGGUUGUCCCAUCAUGAAUAAUAAUUAUACGGUUCCCUCUUUUGAAAAUUGUAAUAGACACAAUAUUGUGAGAAAAAAAAAAAAGGUAGAGCGAUGUGGUCCGCCAGUUUAUCGCUUGAUAAAAUAGCCAAAGAUUGAUAUGAAUGUACAUGCACGGAGGCAUUAGGUACCUAAUACUAUAUGGGAAAAAUAGUUUAUUUUGCGUUGGUAUCAGACGUUGGGCCUACAGAAAGAUGCCUUUAUUCUGUUGGGCUUACAAGUGAUUGUAAUGGGUCGACGCAUGCAUCUUUGAACAGCAGUGUGCUAUGUACACGUUAGGUGCAAUAAUAUUUAAAGAAGUUGUAGUAAUGCAUAGGUGCAAUCUGUAAAUACGCAAAUCUGCAUACGCGAAGAAUUGUUGCCUUCAGAUGAAGUCAAAUAUGAAGUAAUAGGAUUGUGAGAAAAUAAAUUUUUUUUUCUUAAAAGAAUCAUCAUUUUGUA